AUGGACCGGGGUCUCCCGGGCCUGCCCCUGCGGCCCGGAGUGCGCGUCAGGGGCCCGGCCCUCCGCAGGCAGCGGGAGUUCACGCCCGAGGAGAAGAAGGACACGGUUUACUGGGAGAAGCGCAGGAAGAACAACGAAGCGGCCAAGCGGUCCCGGGAGAAGCGGCGUCUCAACGACGCGGCCCUCGAGGGCCAGCUGGCCCUGCUGCUGGAGGAGAACGCGGCGCUCAGGGCCGAGCUGUGGGCGCUGCGGCACGGCCUUGGCCUCCCGCCCGCCGCCGCGCCCCUGCCGGCCGUGCUGUGGGAGGCGCCCUGGCCCGCAGACCCCCGCGCCCGGGCCGCGCCGCUGCCCGCCCUCCCCGGCCCGCACGGCUGCCUCUGGAGGCCGUGCGCCCUGGACGCCUGCGCUCCGGGACGCGCGUGCUGCCCGGGGACCCACAAGUGGACCGGCCUGGCCGCCUCCCCCAGGCGCCCCCAGGACCCCGCGCCCCCCGCCCCCAAGAGGACGGACGUGGCCUUGCCGGCGGCCCUCCCAGCGGCCUUAUUCGGCUGUCCCCUCCUGGACGCGCGCGGGGGCGCCAGGCCGGAGCGCAGGCCCUUCUGGCGGCUGUGGUCAGCCGUGCCCCCCGGUUACCAGGCCUCGGGGCCCUCAGAUGUGUUGCUGACGCCGGCUGCUGAGCCCACGGAGCUGCCUCCCCCGGGGGCCUACCCCGGCCCGGGGGGAGACUCUGAGGGUCAGCCCUCCCUGCCCCACAAACUGCGCCUCAAGUCCCAAACCCCGGGCAGAGCGCCUCCAGGGUGGGCAGAGGCCCGGGGCCCCCUCUGA